AUGGCUGAUGACUCUACUAGUAGCAAUGAUAUUGAAGAUCACAACUCUCCUACAAUCAUACAAGCUAACAACAUCAAUGCUGCAGUAACAAAACCAUUCAAUACUCCUUUGGCAGAAAAGCUUUCUGAGAAGAAUUUUCUUACUUGGCAUCAUUUACAACUCUCUCCAUCUGCGGACAAGAACUCCAAAAUCAUCUACAACAAGAAAAGCUGUAGGUAUUCCCAUCACUAUGCUGAAUAUACAAAUGUUAUUUUAGAUGGAUUGAACGAAGCUUACCAUCCCUUCAUCACCAUGGUCACAACAAUGGAUCCACCAUAUAUUAUCCCUGAUCUUGAAGCCCUUCUAUGGCUCAAGAUAACUGCUUCAAUUAUUAAUAAAUCACUAUCUCUCUCUUUCUAUUAUCUCAGCUGCUACUUUUUCUGUUGCAGGCCGGUGAUUAGUCUUGUUUAUCCUCUGUAUGCUUCAGUUAGGGCAAUUGAGAGCAAGUCACCUGUGGAUGAUCAGCAGUGGCUCACUUACUGGGUUCUCUAUUCCAUGAUCACUCUCUUUGAACUCACCUUCGCCAAACUUCUUGAAUGGAUUCCUAUAUGGCCCUAUGCUAAGCUGAUUAUAACCUGCUGGUUGGUCCUUCCAUACUUUAGUGGUGCUGCUUAUGUUUACGAGCAUUAUGUGAGACCUUUCUUUGUUAAUCCUCAGACAGUUAACAUCUGGUAUGUUCCAAGUAAAAAGGACAAAUUGGGUAAGAAAGAGGACAUUCUAACUGCUGCCGAGAAGUACAUCCAAGAGAAUGGAACACAAGAAUUUGAGAAUCUCAUCCAUAGGGCUGAUAAAUCAAGAAGCGAUGGUGGUUAUUACUCAAUGUACCACGAUGAGACCUAUUGAAUGCAAUCUUUUUAAGCUUGUCUUUUGGAGAUACGGGAUGAAUAUACAUGUUAGCAUGUGACUAUAACUUAAGUUUUUCAUAUUCUCCUUUCUGUGAAUUGUUCUGUUAUGGUGUAACUAUUUCAUGCGUACUAAUCUUAUGCGUUCUGUAAUGGCUAUGCUAUGACACAUGGUAUAUAUUAUAUAGAGAUAACGGAGUCGGCAGAGGAGAUGCUUGUUGAUUCA